AUGCGGACCGAGCGCGGGCCCGAGGAGUCCAAGCGCGGCCGGCCGCUGCACUUGCUUCCCGGAGCCCUGCGCGCGCCGCCCGCCUUCUUCGCCGUUUCGUCCGCGGCGGUGUGCCCAGCGGGCAGCGGCUUUGGCGAGUGUCCCUCGGGGAUGCAGAGCGAGGGCGGCGCCGUCGCGGAGCGCCUUGUAAGGGACAGGCAGCGAGGAGUCCGGGGAUCGCCGGCCACAACUUCUGGGAACCCGCGUCCAGGGUGGUGCCAUGUUGGCCGACGCCGCGCGCCCACCGCCCCCUGCAGGAACCCCGCUUCGCUCCUGCGGCUGCUGCUGGCCGCGUUGCUGGCGGCGGGGGCGCGGGCCAGCGGCGAGUACUGCCACGGCUGGCUGGACGCUCAGGGUGUCUGGCGCAUCGGCUUUCAGUGCCAGCGCUUCGACGGCGGCGACGCCACCAUCUGCUGCGGCAGCUGCGCCUUGCGCUACUGCUGCGCUAGUGCUGAGGCUCGCUUGGACCAGGGCGGCUGCGACAACGACCGACAGCAGGGCGCUGGCGAGCCUGGCCGGGCGGACAAAGACGGCCCCGACGGCUCGGCAGUCCCCAUCUAUGUGCCGUUCCUCAUCGUCGGGUCAGUGUUCGUGGCUUUCAUCAUCUUGGGGUCCCUGGUGGCGGCCUGUUGCUGCAGAUGUCUUCGGCCCAAGCAGGAGCCCCAGCAGAGCCGGGCCCCAGGGGGCAGCCGCCUGAUGGAGACCAUCCCCAUGAUCCCCAGUGCCAGCACUUCCCGGGGGUCAUCCUCUCGCCAGUCCAGCACUGCUGCCAGUUCCAGCUCCAGUGCCAACUCAGGGGCCCGGGCACCCCCUACACGCUCACAGACCAACUGCUGCUUGCCUGAGGGGACCAUGAACAAUGUGUACGUCAACAUGCCCACGAAUUUCUCUGUGCUGAAUUGCCAGCGCACCCAGAUCCUGCCACAUCAGGGACAGUACCUGCCCCCAUAUGUGGGCUACACAGUACAGCACGACUCUGUGCCCGUGACACCUGUGCCCACUUUCAUGGACGGCCUACAGCCUGGCUUUAGGCAGGUUCAGCCUUCCUUCCCUCACACCAACAGUGAACAGAUGUACCCUGCGGUGACCGUAUAGCUCACAGGUCACCGCCAGGGGUCCUUCGUAAGUCUGAGGAAGACCAAAACGGAUUCUUGAGGUGGAAGUCUAUGGAGGUGGCAGGUGUUUCUGGCACUAGGCUGCUGGAUGGCUUCAUCUGCCCUAAACCGCGUGAAGACCACUCGGAAUCAGGAUUUCUGUGUAUGUGAUUCCCAGGGAAUCACUGUUAAUGAUAGAAAAACACAUCUGUGAUACUGCCACCUGUGCUGUUAGUGACAAUGUGACAAACACUUGAACCCCAAGUGCCCUUGAGGUGUGGUUAGCAAAAGAAUUUUAUAAACUGAUAGAUUAAGGGAUUUUAUUAUGUCAUUAUACUAUUUUGUUUUUGUUUGUAACUGCAUAAGACCAGAAUGCCUAUGAGCUCCCUUUUACCAGGGAUGGUUUUUUUAAGUAAGUAUCUGAGGUUGAAGGGAAGACGUGUAUAAUACAAUUUUAGAAAAAGAGAGCAGAUUGAGCUCUAUGAGAUCAGUCGUCAAUCUCAGUGCUCCACAGUACAUCUUAAUUUCAUUGUAAAAAGAUACAUAUUUUGUCCAUUUUUGUGCUUUUG